AUGAUAACCAAUCGUGACCCAGUGACAAAGAAGAACCAAGGUCCAACGGUGGGUCCGGCGGUAUUGAGGUGGCUGACAGGUGGGAGGUCAGGUGGCGUCCAGCUCGAUGAUUACCCAUCGCGAUCCAGCGACAAAGAAGAGCCAGGGUUUGGUGGUGGGUCCAGGUGGAUUCCAAGCGAACCAAGAGCUUCGCUGAUUACUAGUGCCUAUGGACUUUCAGAAGGAGACAUACUUUUAAAGAUAAAAGAGUCGCUACAGGGUGAUGGAGGUAGAGAUUUUCUCUCAGACUGGUCCAACAAUUCCGCUUCAUCUGAUUUCUCCGGUUGGAGAAGUUGGACGGUGGACCUAUCUGGCAACAGAUUAUAUAGACAUGUUCCUCCUGAAUUGGGAAACUGCACACGCCUUCAGCACCUUAAUCUCUCAAGUAAUUUUUUCAGUGGUGUCAUCCCGUCAACCCUGAUCAACUGCAGCCUACUUACUUUUCUCGACCUCAGCUCAAAUAAUAUCUGCGGUUUCAUUCUUCCAGAGCUUGCGGAGUUGUCCAAUCUGUCUGAGCUUCAUUUAUAUUCUAACAGUCUUUCUGGACCAGUGCCUGCAUCUCUUGGUAAGCUUGGUAAUCUUCAAUUUUUAAAAGUAGGCAAUAACCGCUUUUCUAGUUCCUUACCACCUGAAAUUACUAACUGCUCAAAGCUUAAGUAUGUCAGCUUUGCCUCGUCCAAUCUGAAAGGCACAAUUCCAAGGGAAAUCGGCAAAUUGCAAUGGUUGGAAGAGCUAUAUCUUUUUGAUAUCCAAUUGAAUGGUUUUAUCCCUCCAACUGUUGGGAAUUGCAGGGCUCUGCUAGUGUUUUCUGUUUUUGAAAACAAUAUAGAAGGUCCCAUUCCAACAGAGUUUGGCCUUCUCAGACGCCUCCAAACUUUAUGGUUGUACAAGAAUCUUCUUUCAGGGCUUCUUCCCGCUGAAUUGGGCAACAUGUCAAUGUUACAAGAUAUAGACGUGUCUUCUAACAAUCUUGUUGGAAGUUUACCGGAAGAAGUCGGUAGGUUGAAAAAUCUGAGUUUUCUAAGCCUUCACAGUAAUAGUAUUUCUGGCAGGGUUCCUGCUUUGUUGGGAAAUCUUACAAACUUACAAUUAUUAAAUUUCCAAAAAAACCAGUUGAGCGGAACACUGCCGGAAGCGAUGGGUACUCUUCCAAAUUUGGUUAAAAUCUCCAUUAGUAGCAACAGAUUGGAGGGUCAGUUGCCUGCUUCCCGAGGAAGUUUCAGCGAUUUGGAGAUUUUGGAUGCGUAUUCCAAUCGACUAAGCGGGGAAUUUCCUCCUGGAAUAUGUAGGGCUAAGCAACUAAGGGUUCUCACUCUUUUCGACAAUCUUCUGGUAGGAAAUAUCUCCUUGCUUUUGAAGGAUUGUAUUUCAUUGGAAAGAGUUCGGCUGCAAAAUAACCACUUCACAGGCCACAUUCCUUCAGAUAUCUCAAAAUUGUCUGGUCUGGAUUACCUGGAGCUGUCCUUCGACAGGCUUGAUGGAGAAAUACCUGGGGAGAUAGGCCAACUCAAGAACCUCACUAAUCUUAUUCUUUGUGGGAACUACUUAAGUGGACCUAUUCCUCCUGAAAUUGGGGAUCUCAGAAACCUGGGGAGGCUCAAUUUGAGUAUUAACAAUCUCAUUGGAAAUAUUCCUUCCCAAGUCGGAAGCCUCAUGAGAUUAGAAGGUCUAGAUCUCAGCCGCAACUCACUUGAAAGUGCUAUUCCUCAACAUCUCGGCGCCAAUUUUUCUGAGCUGCUCACCUUAAAGUUAAGUUUCAACAAUUUGAGUGGAAGUAUUCCAGCAUCUCUGGGAGAUUGUUCGAGUUUGAUAGAAUUAGAUCUGUCUCGAAACCGCCGUGAGAAAUCGAUUCCAAGGGAAAUAGGGAAGCUAGUGCAUCUGUCAACUGGAUUGGAUCUCAGUAGGAACAGACUAUCUGGGUCUCUUCCACCGGAGAUAGGAAAUCUGCCUCUUCUUGAAUCAUUAGACAUCUCCCACAAUCAGCUCUCUGGUUUUCUUACGCCGGCGAUUGGAAAUCUGCUGCUGCUUGCAUUAAUAGACGUCUCCCACAACCAACUAUCUGGUCAGAUUCCACAGGCCUUGUCAAGGUUAGUACUUCUUUCCAAAGUCAAUUUUUCUUUCAAUCGAUUCACGGGCCAAAUUCCAGCUCUGAAAUCUUUCUCUAAGGGCGCCUUUGAUGGUAACGACGGUCUGUGCGGUCCACCCACUUCCAAUCCCUGCUUGGAAAGUAGAAAUAGUAGUAGCAACGACAAAAGUUUAGUGAGAGGCGGUGUGGCAGGAAUUGUUAUUGCCGGAUUGGCUACUAUUACCCUCGUAAUAAUAGCCCUUGUAUAUUACCGGAGAGAGCCAAUUGCACAAGAUGAAGAAUCAAAUAAAGAGGAGGAUACAAGCGAUGAAUCUCUCAGCAUAGUGGAGGUGGACAUUGCUGCAGGUUACAAGCACAGGAUUACAUAUCAAGAAAUUUUAAACGCCACGGAAGAAUUCAGUGAUAAAUAUUUAAUUGGGUCUGGUAGCUUUAGCAGAGUGUACAAGGUUCUUCUGACGGAAGCUGAAAACGGCUUCGUAAUAGCUGCAAAGGUCUUGAGAUUGCAGGAGGAAGGGAGAAGUAGUUUUAUGCGAGAGAUAGAUGCCCUCAAAUUCGUCCGCCACAGAAACAUUGUUCGUUUUCUUGGGUUCGUGUCUGGGGACAGCAUCAACAUGGACAUUCUGCUUUUCCAAUACAUGGCAAAGGGUUCUUUGAGGGAAGCACUAAAAUCUCAGAAACUGGGGUUGGAGUUUCGAUGGAAUAUAGCGUUGGGAGAGGCGCAGGCUCUGAAAUAUUUGCACCACGACUGCACUCCUCCAAUCGUACACCGUGACCUUAAAUCGGCCAACAUUUUGCUGGAUGAUGAACACGUAGCACAUGUAGCUGACUUCGGCCUUGCGAAAUUCCUCUAUUCAGAAGGCCAAAGCAGUUGCUCAUCCCUGUACGUUGGCACUCAUGGUUAUAUGGCUCCAGAAUGCGGCUACGGAGUUAGGCAUUCCACGAAGCAAGAUGUGUUCAGCUUUGGAGUUGUGCUGCUAGAGCUUGUUACCGCCAAAGCAGCCAUCGUGGAUGAGGAAGGAGGAGGAGGAGAAACCAGAGGUUUGGCUGAAUGGGCUGCUAUCAUGAGAAAAAAAGAUGGCCACGUAGUCCUGGAUUUAAUAGAUGCGGAGCUGGCAAAUGAUUAUGAAAAAUGUUGGAACUUGGUUGACACUCCAAGUACAUAUGAGGAAGCAAAAGGAAAAGAUGAAUGGGAAGCAACUAUGCAAGAUGAGUACAACUCUUUAAUGAAAAAUGGAACUUGGGAAUUGACAACACUUUCAGAACGAAAAAAUGUGGUCAGUGGCAAAUGGACCUAUAGAACAAAGUUCACUAUAGAUGGAGUUAUUGAAAAACACAAGGCAAGGCUAGUGGCUAGAAGAUUCUCACAAGAAGGUAUUGAUUACACUGAAACCUUUGCUGCAGUUGCUAAGAAGACUUCCAUUCAUACAACAGUUGCUCUAGCUGCAAAAUUUAGAUGGGAAAUUUUUCAAAUGGAUGUAACAAGUGCAUUUUUAAAUGGUGAUUUGAAAAAAGAAAUCUAUAUGCAACAACCACCAGGAUUUGUUAAAGUUGGUAAAGGACAUCUAGUGUGUAGAUUGAAAAAAUCUCUAUAUGAUCUUAAACAAGCUACACGAGUAUUGUACUCCAAAAUAAAUGAAUACUUUAGGAAAGCAUGA